UAUGCUUAUAGGAAUUGCAUAACAUUAAAAAAAUAUGUGUUAAACUACAGGAAGACACAACAAAUAUUAAAUUAGUAAGUUACGUCUUAUUUAUUUAAACGUAUCCAAUGAUAGCAGACGUCGAAUGAUUUUACAAAGUCUAUUAUUUUCUAGUAUAGAUUCUUCAGUUUAUAAAUUAUAAUUUUCUCGUAUAUUACAACAUAAAGUGCGUUAUAAGAAAACCAAAGUACUACUAGUAAUAGUUCAAUUUUUCAAAAUGACAGCAAACUCAAGUCUUAUAAUUUUAAUAUUCGAGUUGGUUUUGUAUGUAACGACUGUGACAUCGUCUUCAUUAUUUAAACUUGUACUUAGACCUGUUGCCGACGAAGUAAGCAAUGCAGUCGCGGAUUUGGAUCUUCCUGAAGAAACAAAGGGAGCAUUUUCUAAACAGUACAUCAAUGUGGGAUGUUAUUCGACCGAUUUAAUUGAACUGCUAAACUCGUACAUGACGAUCAAGGAGUCUCCCAUUCGUUUCAAUGACGACGAAAAAAGAAUAUUGACUUCCAGCGAUGCAGAAGACUCGCUAAAUGAUAAAAUACUCGCUCAAUUGAAAUACUUCCGUAAGAUGCAAGAAGUUCAGUGUACAGACUAUGUGUUGUUGCUGUACAAGUUGUACGGAACCGAACGGAAUAUAAAACACAUUGCCAAGCAUGUAUACAAUAUGAUAGCGAUGGCAUACGAAGGGAAAACAAUGGUGCACGAGUGGCUUUGGAAAUUACACUUCAACCUUUGGGAACCGACUAUUUAUGAUUGCGAGGUACGGUCGUUGAAGUUAAUGGAAGGAAUCGUGCGUGACCUAGAACAGUUUCGAACACCCUUAACCGAUUUGGUGAGUAUGUGUGUGGACCAUGAAUAUACUUCGAACAUAUUGAACCUACGCAACCCUAAAUUUCCAUUGACGAGUAAAUUUGCCUACGACCGAAUAGGGCAUUGUUUUUCGUUCAACUACGAAAAACAUACACAUUAUAGAAAUAACAAACCCGCGUUACCUCUCACCGUCAAACAUUUAUUCUUAGUGAAUCUAUGGCCAAAUUCUAAACACCAAUUGCUUGUGCACGAACCAAUAGCCUAUGUUACUAUUAAAUGGAAUAUGUUGGCGAAAAUAUUCGGAUUUGAUUUCCAAAAUGUCCGUAGACAGUUUACAGUUACUCGGGACUGGCCAGAGAAUCCGUUUAAACACAUUGGAUUUCAGCAAACGUUUGUAGAUAUCGUUAUGAUAAAACUAUACUGUUUUAUUUGGAUGGAACUUACAGCUUAUCAAAAUGUGGAUGACUCUUUAACAGAUAAAUACUUGUAUCGCCAUAACUCCUUUAGGAAAAAGAUAGCCGACAUAGUCAAGUUCAGUUAUAUCGAAGACAAAACAUUAAACCAAGUAUUAACUUUGUAUAGUGAAAUAAGGAAAUCUAAUAAGGAGCAGAUCGAAGAAGUUUUGAAAAUAAUAACCGACGAAGUAAAUAACAUUUUGACAUCAUUAAUUAAAUAUCCUAAUGAAAUUGCAUUGGCCGACAUUUCAUACGUUGAUGUAGAUCAUGAUAUUAUGUACUAUUUAUUUAUGCAAAUAAUUGAAAAACAAUGUGAUGAAUUUUUUAAAACGCUUAAAGGAAAACUCAAAGGAUUAACAUUUGAUGUUUUAUUAUUUUUUAUUAGCGGAAGUAAAAACACUGAACUUACUGUUUUCCCGGAAAAUUGAUAUAAAUACAUCUAAUGUGAAAAUAUUAUCACUAAAGUUCUAUUAAUCAUUUAAUAAUAUAAUAUGUUAAAAAUUCCGAUACUGUUUUUGUUAUUCUAUUUAUUAUAAACUCAAGAUA